GGGUUUCCGAAAGACUCGGGUUGCAUCAUUUUGCGUUGGCGGCGUUUGUUUGGAGCUUCCCCAGUCACAUGCCAAGAGCUUCAGGACACCUUGCUUCAAGCUGUCCAACGUGGUCUUUUUUGGUCGGUCUCUAGCGUAACAGUGUACAUCUAGCAUCUCGCCUUCUGCUUUAUGUUUUCAUACUUUGAAUAUCGCAUUCAUUCAUGAUGAUGCAACCAAGCUCUGCCUUUUUGCUCGUCGCGUCGCUUCUGGCGGCUCUCCCAGUCAAUGCUGAUGGGAUUUAUACUAAGAAAUCUCCUGUGUUGCAGGUGACACAGAAGAAUUACGACCAGCUCAUCGCCAAUUCCAAUCAUACGUCGAUUGUAGAAUUUUACGCCCCCUGGUGCGGUCAUUGCCAGAACUUGAAACCCGCUUAUGAAAAGGCCGCGACCUCGUUGGAUGGACUGGCCAAGGUUGCAGCGGUCAAUUGCGACGAGGAUGAGAACAAACCUUUGUGUGGUCGGAUGGGUGUGCAGGGUUUCCCAACCCUCAAGAUUGUGGUACCCUCCAAGAAACCCGGUAGCCCCCGAGUAGAGGACUACCAUGGCGCACGGAGUGCCAAAGCUAUUGUCGACGGGGUAAUGGGCAAGAUCCCAAACCAUGUGAAGAGAGUUACGGAUAAGGACUUGGACCAGUGGCUUUCCCAGGACAAGGAGACUCCCAGAGCCCUUCUCUUUACUGAAAAGGGGACGACCAGUGCUCUUCUUCGGUCUCUCGCCAUCGACUUCCUUGGUUCAGUCAAGGUAGGCCAGAUCCGCAACAAGGAGUCCGAAGCAGUAGAGAAGUUCGGCAUCACGGAAUUCCCGUCCCUCGUUCUUCUUCCCGGAGGCGAGAAGGAGCCCAUUGUCUAUGAUGGCGAGUUCAAGAAGAAUGCGAUCAUCGAAUUCCUCGGUCAAGUUGCCACACCUAACCCAGACCCCGCUCCUGUAAAGCCCAAGGCCAAAUCCUCCAAAUCCUCUAAGGCCUCCAAACCGUCAUCUACAGCCCCCGCGGCCGAUGAUGCAGAGGAAGCGAAGUCGACCGAGUCUCCCCAGGACGAUGUCAAAGAAUCGAAACGCGCACAGGCCCCUCCGAUCGAUACCCUUUCUACCAUCGAGGCCCUCGAGACGGCCUGCCUAGCUCCCAAGUCAAGCACAUGCGUUCUGGCGCUCCUCCCCGAAUCUAAGGAAGCGGACGCAGAGCAGCCUGAACCCGUCAAGGAAGCACUGACCAGCAUGUCCGACAUCGUGCACAAGUACAGUCAGCGCCAGCACAAGCUUUUCCCCUUCUACAGCGUCCCUACUACCAACUCUGGAGCCAAAACUCUGCGGACUAAACUCGGUGUGUCGGAGGACGGUGAGUCGAUUGAGAUUAUCGCCCUGAAUGGUCGCAGAGGCUGGUGGAGAAGAUAUGAAGCCGUGGAUGGCAAAUUCGGAGUCGACGCAGUCGAGGCCUGGGUUGAUGCCAUUCGAUUGGGCGAAGGGGCCAAGAACAAGUUGCCUGAGGGCGUUGUCGCCACCAAAGAAGAGAAGGAAGGGAGUGGACAUGAUGAGUUGUAAGAUUUAUUAUUAGCUUCCGAAGAGGUGUUAGUAUUCUGCAUCAAAACAUACACCUGUCUCCUAUUGAGUCAGGCUUUAAUAAAAAUGCCGUCUGCAAAUUGAAAAUCAAGGCAGAUAAUACAAAAAAAUACAAUCUAGUAUCUAUUCAAAACUUUUUGUCUUAAAUACCUAAUUGGUACCAGCUUGUUUAUAUACAAAGCAAAAAUUUGCAAAAAGAAAUCCCUUAAGCAAAACCAGGCUUCAUUAGACACUGGCCAUAAAAAAAGUAACACGAACUCAUUACUGCCAAUUAAAACACCGUAAUCUCAUGCAUGGUAAGUAGGCCUCGGACUUAAGGGGAUUUUG